CCUGCUGAGUGACCGUGCUCGGGGCGUCGCCGUCUGCUAGAACGUCACGUGACCGGUCUCCGCUCGGCAUCAUCGCUGGUCAGCAUCGGGACAUGGCGCGCCGCUUGGAAAUCCACGAGUACAGCAGCAUGGGCGAGGAAGCUGCCUGCGCCUCCUCGGAGAAAAAGAGGGCCGGCGUGAAGCGCAUCGCGAGCGAACUCGACGAGAUGCUGGCCGACCCGCCCGCCCAGUGCACCGCGGGACUGGUCGACCCCGCAAACCCGUACCGCUGGCGGGCAACCAUCGCGGGACCACAGGGCAGCCCGUACGAGGGAGGGCUGUUCAAGUUGCGCAUCCAGCUGCCCAGGGACUACCCGUUCGAGGCUCCCGUGGUGAAUUUCCUCACUGCGAUCUACCACCCCAACAUCAGCAGCACUGACGGCGUGGUCUGCCUUGACCUGCUCAAGUGCAGGUGGUCCCCUGCGCUGACCAUCGGCAAGGUGCUGGCCUCCAUUCGCUUUCUCAUGUGCAACCCGAACCCCGAUGACCCGCUCGAGUACAACGUGGCCGCCGAGUACCGGAAGAACCGCGAAGAGUACAUCGCCACCGCCAAGCUGUGGACAAAAGCGUUCGCGAAGGAGUGAACCGACGACCCACGUUGCCGAACGUGUGACUCGAGCACACCCGUUCGCGCACCCUAAAUCACGCAUGUCUCGAAGAAC